UUCAAAUACAAAAAACAAGGAGUGGUAAUUACAAAUAAUUGAAUCUUAUCACUAGUAAAAGUUGUUAAAUAUAAACGUAAUUAGGAUACGCAGUGACGUCAUGAACAUAACCUAUCAUUGCAACAUAUUUCAGCAUUAAUUUAGAAGUCAUGAAUUAGUUGAUUCUUAUAUUCCAGCAUUUAACAAAAUUUAGCCAUAGCCAACUUCCUGUAUUUUUUCUUCAGUUAACUUAACAAUGAUAAAGAAUAGAUAAUUCAAUAAGCAUUAGCACUUUCAUACUUCCGUUUGAAAGGCACCCAUAGCAGAAAAAAAUGACUGAUGUAACAUAGAACAAGGGUAAUAAACACUAUUUUUGGAUUGAAAGUUAAUUUUGUGAAUAAAUAAUUGAAAUGAAAAUAAGGGAGGUGAUAAAAUCCUUUAAAAUUAGAAGAAACCGUCAAAUAUCCUCUACAAACUUGGUUUCUUUUGAAGCAUUUUACAACGAUCGUAAAAAUAAGUUUUCUAAUAUUAAGGAACCAUGUACAAAGACUAAUUCAUUUCCGUCCCAGAAUGAGGAAUAUGCUGGUGGAUAUAUACGUUUUAAAGAAACAAGUGAAGAAAAACCAGUGAUCCGUCCUAGUCUACCUAUAGUUCUAGUAAUUUUCAUACUUACGUCUGUAUUUAUUGUACUUCCAAUAAUAUACUUAAUCAAUUGUUUUAAAUUUUCGUUCGAUAAUCAAGAAUUCUAUCAUCGGAUGACUCCAGCUUUUUUUAGCAAUGCAACAAAAGAAUACGACACUAAGAAACCCCAAAAAUUUCAUGAUUUACCAUUUCCUCCUAAUCCAGAUUACAAUCAAUGUAAACUCCUAAAAGACAUUGAUAAAUAUGACUGUUUCCCUGAAGAUGAUGUUGAUGCUGAAAAAUGUGAAGCAAGAGGCUGUUGUUGGAUACCGAAACCAAAAAAUAAACCUGAUCAACCAAUUGACGUGCCAUACUGUUUCUACCCGCCAAAUUACAAUACUUAUAAAAUCAUUAAUAUCACUGAAACUAGUUUUGGAUUGAUAGCAUUUUGGAAGAGGCAAUAUAGAACAGCUUAUCCUGAUGAUGUAGAAGUUUUGAAAAUGAUUGUUAAAUAUGAAACAGAGACCAGAUUAAGAGUGAAGAUUGUAGAUCCAAAUAAUUUCAGAUUUGAAUCGCCAUAUCCAGAAGUUCCUAUUGUUGAUAAAGCUUCAAUUUCCUUAACGUACAUCUUCGAAAUUAAUAUAUUUAAGUCUGGUUUUAAAGUUAUGAGAAAAAGUGACAAUACUACUAUAUUUGAUUCUAAUAAUUUCUUGAACUUAAUCUAUUCGAAUCAGUUGCUACAAAUUAGUUCAAAACUUCCCUCAAAAUUCAUUUAUGGAAUUGGAGAGCAUAGAUCUAAUUUACUACUGUCUACAGAAUGGUCCAGGUUCACUUUAUUUAACCAUGACGAAAUUCCCACAAAUAAUAAAAAUUUAUAUGGGAGCCACCCAUUUUAUUUAGUUAUGGAAAACUCUACCAAAAGCCAUGGAGUAUUUUUAUUAAAUAGUAAUGCAAUGGAUGUUAUUUUACAACCCACACCAGCUAUCACAUUUAGAACCAUUGGCGGAAUUUUGGAUUUCUAUUUCUUUUUGGGACCAUCACCGUCUGAAGUCAUUAACCAAUAUACCGAUCUGAUUGGUAGACCUUAUAUGCCUCCAUAUUGGAGUCUGGGAUUCCAUUUAUGCAGGUUUGGAUAUAAAACUUUAAAUGAAACCAAAAAAGUGAUGCAAAGGAAUAUUGAUGCUGGAAUUCCAUUGGAUACCCAAUGGAAUGACUUGGAUUAUAUGAAUGUUAGCAAUGAUUUCACAUAUGAUCACAACAAUUUUAAGGAAUUACCAAGUUUUGUAAAUGAAUUGCAUUUGAAGGGUAUGCACUACAUUCCCCUAAUUGAUCCGGGCAUUAGUGCCAGUGAAACUCCGGGAUCUUAUCCACCAUACGAUGUAGGAAUGGAAAUGGAUAUAUUUGUUAAAAAUUCCACUGGAUUACCUUUUAUAGGAAAGGUGUGGAAUAGAGUGUCUACUGUAUGGCCGGAUUUUACUAAUCCAAAUGCUGUAGAUUAUUGGACGUUAAUGUUAAAAAAUAUGCACAAAACAAUCCAAUUCGACGGAGCUUGGAUCGAUAUGAAUGAACCAUCAAAUUUUUAUUCGGGUGCAAAUAAUGGCUGUUCAAAUUCCACUUUUGACAAUCCACCCUAUCUUCCAUAUGUCGACGGAGGAAUUAUUUACUAUAAGACGUUGUGUAUGGCUGCUAAGCAUUAUGCGGGGCUGCAUUACAACGUUCAUAACUUGUAUGGACUCACAGAGGCCAUAGUUACCAGCUUUGCUCUUGCAGAAAUAAGAGGUAAAAGACCGAUGGUUAUAUCACGGUCGUCAUUCUCUGGUUUGGGACAUUAUGCGGGGCACUGGAGUGGAGAUGUUUGGUCUUCUUGGGAUGAUAUGAAGUUUUCAAUUCCAGGAAUUCUAUCAUUCAGCCUAUACGGUAUUCCUUUAAUGGGAGCUGAUAUAUGUGGUUUCAACGGAAAUACAACAGCUCCAUUAUGUAAUAGAUGGAUGCAGCUAGGAGCAUUUUAUCCUUUUUCUAGAAACCAUAACACCGAUGAUGGUAUUGAUCAAGACCCUGUAGCUCUAGGAAAGCAAGUGAUCGCAUCAUCUGUAAAGGCUCUAACAGCUAGAUAUUAUCUAUUACCUUAUCUGUAUACAUUAUUUCACAAAGCGCAUGUAAAUGGUGAAACUGUAGCAAGGCCAUUAUUCUUUGAAUUUCCGGAAGAUGUGAAUACGUAUGGAAUAGAUACUCAAUUUUUGUGGGGUUCUGCAUUAAUGAUAAUCCCUGUUUUACAGGAUUCUGAUGUUACAGUUACUGCUUAUAUACCAAAAGGUACUUGGUAUGAUUUUUACAACCUCGAAGGAUCAUAUAGUAAAGGAGAAAAAUUUACUCUGGAUGCACCAUUAGAUACGAUUCCAUUAUUAAUUAGAGGUGGUUGUAUAGUACCAUUACAAGCACCAAAAAAUACUACUACCGAAUCCAGAAAAUCGAAAAUUGAACUUUUAGUAGCUAGUGAUGAAAAGAAAUAUGCUAUUGGUGAUUUGUAUUGGGAUGACGGUGAUUCACUCAAUUCGUUUGAAGAAAAACAAUAUUCCUCAAUUACUUUCGAGUUGGAAGAAAACACAUUAAGAUCAUACGCUACGUUUAUAGGAUCCGAUAUACCACCGAAUUUAGACAGAGUUGCUGUUUUGGGUAUCGAUGAUAUCAUUAAGGAAGUAUCAGUUAAUGGAUUUAUGCACAAGAAUUUCGACUAUAACUCCAAAUUUAAGUAUUUGAACAUUGAAAAAUUGGACAUCUCUCUACAAGCACCUCUGGUUAUUUCUUGGAAGUAAACCAAGUUUAUUUAUUAACACGCACACUUAAUAAUCAAACUUUUUUAAGUAUUAUUCUAAAUGUCAUUUAGACACUUCGCUUCUAAGCUCAACAUUUAUAUUUGUAUGGAAUUAUUAAUAUUUUAAAAAGCCAUGUUUGAAAAUUUUAUAUAUAGAGAGCUAAUAUCUAUGUUUAAACAUUUAUAUGGUAAUGGAAUUCGAAAACCAAUGAGAAGGAUAUUUUGGAGUUUAAAAAAAAAUAGAGUAUUAUAGUGACAUUUAUGUAUGAUCAACUUCAUCGCUUAAUUUUUCAGACUAGACAAUUGACAAUUUUUUUAAGGUAUAUCGAAAAUAUUAUUUCUGAUGAGAAAAAAAAUGUUAGAUCCAUCGAGGUAAAUGAAAUUCACUGGGUGGCAUUUUUUCAAGAGAAUUUAAUGGUCUACAAAAAAAGAGUGAUUGAAUUUUUUUGUCAGAUGAACCGUUUUCUCAUAACCACGACUUAAAAAUUGGUAUGAUUACAGAAUUUGAUUUUUUAACUUUGGAAUAUUGUAAUUACUUAAAAAUUAGUAUCCUUAUUAAUUCAAUGAAGAUUCUUGAAGAGAAUUUAAUUUCCUAAAAACUUCUCUUGACAUUUUUAGUUAAAGUCACUCCUUUGAAAGUUAUUCAAAGUUCAAGUCAGAAUGAAAUUCUCGAUUUUUUCGCUGUAGAUUUAAUUUUUUUGAGCCCAUUGAAAACUUCAUUCUUCGUUUAUUCCACCAACAAAGGUGAUUGAUUGAAAAUGUAAUUUUCUGAAGAAGUUAACUUUUCUAUAAAUAAAAAUUAUUACCUAUAAAAAGGUCAAAUUUUUCAGUGUGCUCAAAAAAAUUGAAUUUAUAGUGAAAAAAACAAGAAAUUUAUUUUGACUUCAACUUUGAAUAACUUUCAAAGGAGUGAAUUUAACUAAAAAUCUUAAGAGAAGUUUUUUGUAGAAAAUUAACUUCCCUUCUAGAAUCUAUUGAAUUUUUUCCGGAUACUAAUUUUUAAUUUAAUUCCAAACUUUAAAAAAGUUCAAAAAUCAACUAAGUCGAAAGUUCUGGAACCGUUGGUGUAUUCAUACUGAACACACUGUUUAUACCACCACUACACCAACACUCUCAAUUACACUGUCUGGCGCGCGUUUCGAUAAUCAAAUUAUAGUCUUCAGAGACUGAAGGUAAAUGAAACGAAAUGCGCGUCGGACAGUGCAAUUGUUGGUGUAAUGGUGGUGUAAACAGUGUAUUCAAUUUUAAAAAAUCAAAUUUUAAAAUCAUACCAAUUUUCAAGCCGUGUCAGUUCAAGUUUCAAGUUUGUCAGUCUUUUUUUUGACCAUUAAAUUCUUUUAAAAAAGCACCUCCGAGUCAAUUUCAUUUACUUCGAUGGUUGAGGAGUUAUGAGACAAAAAAACCCUCUCAGGAAAAAAUCAAAAGUUUCUAUGAUAGACCUCUUAAUAUCAAUAUUAAUGGGUCAAAUUCUAACAUUUUUUUUGUCAUAUGAAAUAUUUUCGAUAUACUUCAAAAACAAAUAGAUGACUUUUUUUGACCCAAACUAUUGUACACUAUAACACGAUAUUUUAAUGUGAAUUAUUUUUUAUUUUGAGCCUCAGAUAUUUAUAAUGUUUAUAAAACAAUUGUGGAAUGACUAAUUUCUAUUUCUAUAGAUUUUUACCCUUUUUUACCUUUUUUUAAGAUCCUUAUUGUUAUUUUUAUUGUCUUUAAUUUGGGUUUUUAAUAUUUGAUUUCAUAUUUCAUCUUCACUUUUUUUAUAGUAUAUAUUUCUUUUCUCUUUACUUUAUUUAUCUAGAUUAUUGUUCUAUUUGUUUAUUUUUCUUGUGUUUUGUAGCUGACGUGCAUAUACUUUCUCUAACCAUAUUUUCUCAUACAUAUGAAAGUCAUUUUAUCUUACCAAUUUAUUUUUUCAUCACUAUUUAUGAUUUUCAGCGUUUUACCUCAAAAAUAUUUCUACUAGCAAACCUUUACUUUUUAUAGCAGCCGGUGUCAAUCAAAUUGAAAUUAUUUCCGUCCAAAUUAAAUUCAUGUAGUCGAAGUAUCUUUCAGUUAGAUCAGUAUGGCUCUCAAAAUAUCUAUAAUUUAAGAAUUACUUUAGAGAUUAUUUGUUAUUUGAAAAUAUUUUCAAUUUAUCGUCUAUAUUAGUUAAUUUAGGAUUUUUAGGUGAUUUAGUUCAAGACUCUGUACACAAUAGGUGUUGAGAGAUUCGUUAAAACAUUUUUUGGAAAGUAGAAAAAUUUGAAUGAAUUCCGUUCCUAAAUGAAGUCUGUGUAAAUAUUCCAAAAUUUUAAAUGGUACCGUAGAUUUCUUCCUUAUACCAGAUUAAACCAGUGGUUCUUUUAAAUCUCAGGUUCAGGCAAUUUGUGGCAAAAACUACUCAAUAUUCGAUAACUUAGCACUCUAGGUUGCUGAGCAACUAAUUGGUAGACUUUCGUAGUACCUUUCAGCGGCUUAAUUUCACUUGGAAUUUCCAUUAAAAUGUGGACAAUGUCAUCUUUGCCAAUAAGAAAAAGCUUCAUCUUACUGCGGUCUUUAAGUGCUUCAUGAAAUUGUAAAGCCUUAAUAAUUUGUACACUGGUGACGAUAUGGUCUGCUAAUGAAGUCGGUGUAAAUAUCACAAAAUUUUGAAUGGUACCGUAGAUCUUUUCAUUAAACCAAUGAGAAUAUUCCAGAACCGAUUUUUAUCAAUACUAAGAGUGAUAUAAUCGAAAUGUAUAUCAUUCUGUAUGAUAUUAACUCAAAACUGUUCACAUGGACUACAUUUAAUGCUAUAUAUGAAUUUUUCCACGUAGUCAAUUAUUUAAAAUUGAUAUAUUUGUGGAAAGUCUCCGUUUCAUAAUCAUAUGUCUGUGUUAUACCAAAGUUUAAGUAAGUUAUUUACUAUUAGAUGUGUCAAAUUUUACAGAAAACAAAAAUCUUAUUAAAUGUUACCUGAUAGAUAGUAAAUUAGAUGUAGAAUUAAAAAUAAGAAGAAUCUAUUGUGAUUUAAUUGCUCAAUGACUUGUUUAAUUUGAACUAUUUUAAUUUCAUAUACUACUCAACAGCAAAAAAACAGAUAGUUUUGUUCAAAAUAUUAAUCUGUUGGUUAAUUUAUAAGUUAUUGACACAAAAUCUGUCACAAAUCAAUAAUUCUAAUUGAUUAUGAACAUAAAAAUUCAGAAUAAAGAGAGAGAGAAAAACACAUUUUAUUAGAACCUUGAGAUAUGGAAGAAAUUAAAUUUUGGACGUAAUCCACAAAUUCUCUAUGGACAUCAUAUCGAGAGAUUGUGCAGGCCAGUCUAGAAUAUAAUCAUUUCUUCCAUGUACUGGGUAACGAAUCUGGCGGUAUGUGGACGAGCAUUAUCCUCCAUCAAAAUUAAUUCAUCACCAAUAAAUGGAGCAAAUGGGAUCACAACCUCUAGCAGCAGUCAUAGCCUUAUUAUCGUUAAAAAUCAGUGAAACGUUGAAAUUAAUUCCACCCCAAACUAUAACUGAUCUUUCAAAAGGUCAUUAUUUGUUCCCCUAAAAGUCUCUAUCGUAUAGACCAAAUCGAGAGUGGUUAACAAACAAUCACCUUUCUCUUUAAUGCCUUUCCAGGAGUUGGAGUCCUGUCAAACUCCACUGUAAUGUGUGUGAGCCACUUCAAGUCUGUCCCGAACCUUAGAAGCUAUUAGAUAUUGAAAUCUGAGUUUUAUAUAAUGGUCUACUAAUCCCUUCGGGAUUAGUUCGAUGGACUCUGACUCUACAUUCUCUAUUAUAAUCAGAUUACCCACAAAAACAAAUACAUUAGCUUUUAGUUUGAAAAAUAUGAAGUGUCCGAUUUUUUUGCUGUUGAGUUUAUUUAGAACUGAUAUUCUAAAUUCAUCCUAAAACUUCAAACAUAAGUACAGUAAAAUCUUUCUUAACCGAAAUGGGAGUUGAGGGUGGUUUCAGGUAACAUAAAUUAAAAAGGAUUAUUUUAAGUAUAUUGUUACACAUAUAUGCAACUAGCAACGUUGUUUUUUUAAAAUCUUUAUUUGUUUUGGUAUCGUUUUCUGGUAGCAAUAUCUCUCUAACUGUUACAUCAAUAAUGAUCUUUUCCAAUCUUUCCCCAACAUAAAAAGCAACCUAAACAUAACAGUAUAAGGAAUCUAAAGUGAAUGUGAUUUAAUACUUAUAUGAAGUCUUAAUCAUAGUUUGCAUAAAAAUUUACCUUCAUGGGAUUGAAGAUCUCAUCAACUCUGUCAUCGCUACUAUCUGUCUCAACUUCGUCAUCUGAUUCGUUGUGGCUAUCUUCAUUUGACAAUAUCUUGACCCAUCUAUUUAUAUCAGAGGUAUAUGGUUGUUGAUUGCCUUCCAGUUUCACUCCCUUCUAUGGCGUUUUGUCUCAAUGACUGAUUUAUUGUGUUUUUAUUUUAUUUUUUCGACGUCGCUUCGGUUAAGAGAGCUUUUAUUGUAUAGUAUUUUUAAAGUCAAUGUGAAAAGAGAUAUUUUUAAUUCCACUGAAUUAUAAAAUCGAAAAUUUUGCAAUAUAGGAGGACAUUAAAAGCAGAAUAAAUACUUUAGGAAGGGAAGGCUACAGGAAUAGACAAUAGGGGUGCUACAAAGCUGCGCCAAUUGGUCUACCAACACCAAUGUCAGUAAUAUUUAGUGUCAAAUCAUUUGACUGCAGACAAAUAAAAAUAUUUCAGUGAUAGGUCAAUCAGAAUUAACUUUCAAAUGUUAUCCAAAAGGACAUUUAAUAUUUGUACAACUUAUUCGUCGUUUGGUGUAGAUGGAUUGUGAUAAUGUAAAAUAUUUAAUUAGACCGCGUUGUUUUUUUUGCUGGUGAAUUCCAACUUUUAGAAUUGUUUUAACCCUCUACUGCAUUAAUUAUGAAAAAAGUAUUUGAUGGUUGUUUAGGCUUUAUUUAGGGAUAAAAUUUACUAAAAAAAAAAGAAAAUUAAAAAAAUUUGCUUACAUAAAUUGAGAAAAAAACAAAGGUCGUAUAUGGGUUCGUAUGCAUCCCAACAAAUUUUAAUAAAAAAAUAGUACAGCCAUAUAUGGGUUCGUAUGAAGGAUAAAGAAACAAAUAUAAAUUUAAGUGUUUAGUAUAAAAUAAAAAUUACAGUAAUUUUAAUAAUAAAAUGCCGAAAAACAGUUUCGUUUGUUGUAACAUUUUCUGUAAGUUUUUUGUCCACAAAAUUGACAUUUUUCUCCGUUUUCAUCCAUUCAUAUAUGGUCUAUUCCAUGAGUCCUCACGGAGUUUAAAGGUACAUCUUGAUGUCUGACAGGAACACUCCUCAUUUUCUUCAGUAUAGUUGGUGUGCCUGGAUUGGAUGGAGCAAGACUUCCUUGCCAAGAAAUUGGUGUUCCAUCUCUAAUGUGAUUUACAGGAAGCCCGAAGUGUUCUGAAACAGCGUGCUUAAAAUCAAAUAGAGACAUGUAAACGUCUGAAUUGUUCCUGUCUAUCACAUGAAAAAAUAUUCGUUUAUACCAUUUCUUGGAUCUCAAAUGAAUUCUAUACAACCAAGCAUAAAGUCUCAUUAAUCAACACCCCCCAUAUGUCGGUUAUAUACUUCAACUGCUUGAGGACAAUUAAUGGUUUUGUACAGUGUUUCCUUUCUAAAGGACUUUCGUUUUGUAGUCAUUGGUUCACUACCUACAUAAAUUGAAAGGAUAUUAACCAGUUUAUUAUUAAACCAAGUAACAGCAUCAAUAGUGAAAAAUUCACGUUCUUGUUUCUUCAACUCUUUUUUUCUGGCGGUAUAUCUAUAUUAGGAAUUCUGUUCAGGCACACUGUACCUAGAGGCAAAAGUCCAAUCUUCGUAAAAUGUACCUGAAGUCACGACAUUGGCGCUAACACCCAAAUCUUGUGUACCUUCAGGUCGUUUAUUACUUUGAUCACCAGCAAAAAAAUCAAAACCAUAACUAAAUCCUAAGACUAAGUCCACAAGAACUUGAUUCCUAUAUCCCCUAUAUCGCAGAAUUGUAUUGUUCCAGGUCAUGAUGAACUUUUGUAGGGAUUAUCCGUGCAUCAACUGCCAGAUAUUCCUCUUUCGGUACUACUAAAAGUUGCUGCUUAGUAUCAUCUGAAAGUGGACGCACUUUUAAUAACUUAUAAUUGCGUGGCUUCAAUAAUUUAAAAAUUAUUUUCAUCAUUUUUUGGAUUCCCAUUUUAUUGUAGUGGGUUUAUGAUUUUGUCUGUGUGGCCGGUGGAGGUUAUCAUCAGAGCAAUCACUACCUGCUUCAGUUAUAACAAGAGAUCGUCUAUGACGUUGAAAUUGUCUAGGGGUAACAUAUUCACUUUUAGAAUCGGAGGCUAAUUCAUCAUCACCAAGCGAGCUCCAGGUUAGAAUGAAUACGAAACCAUUAUGAUUUCAUCAACAAAGCACUCUAAUAUGAUAGAAACAUGCGUAAAAUUAAAGGUUAAAUAAUAUAUUUAUAAAAUAGUACAAUAACAGCACCAUGUUUUCUUUUUUUACCACUUUUUUCAUGUAGAAAAUAUCUUUUGAAAAACGUGUUUACAGAUACUGAGUUGAACUUCACACAAGCGCUAGAAAAGUGAGGUUAUAACCAAAAUGACUUGACUAUAGGUAACAAAAAAUAUUUUCGUAUUGCCAACGUAACAAUUAAAAUGUCCACCAUGCGUAUAGUUAUUGCUAGAUUUUUAAGAAUGUCAAGAAUUAACAAUUUACUGAAAAAAGGAGAACAAUUUUAUAAGAAUAUAUCUGACAAUCUCAUUUUAAUCAAUGUCUUCACGUUGACUUUAGAUAUACUAUACUUAAUAUUUUUACUCUAUAUAAAUAUUGUAAUAUUUAUUGUAAGAGACAGGGAUCGGUUUCAAAAUUUAUUGUGAUAAAUUGUGUCACUAUAUAUUAAAUCGUAAAUUUUUUGGAUAAAACGGCGAAUCAUUCCAAUUGUGGUGUCCGUGUGCAUCGUUUUUUGGGUUAGUUAGAUCUUUGAGUGAUUCUUUAUAUUAUUUGAAACAAUUAAGUCACAAAAUUUGAAAUAAGAACUAAAAAAUAUUGAGAAAGUUAAUAAAACUCAAAUUAUAAAUUUUUCACCCAUAAAAAAUUAGGAAAAUUUCAAUUUGACCAACAUUUGAGGUCUCAAUCUUGCUUCUGUGAUCUUAACAUCAAAUUUUUUGCUUUUCUAUUGUUCUUUCGUGGUCAGACUCUUUAGCUUGUUUCUUACGAUGGGUUAAGAUAGUGGUUGAUUCAUUGUUUGGUAUAUUUUAUUAUCUGAUAAUUCGCCAUGCGAAAGAUCAUCUUCCAGCAGGAAAAAAGAAGAUGGUUGAUAUGAACUACUAUGUUUUCUUUCCGUCAAAGUUAUUUUCCAUGAAUACAAAGCACAUAUUAUAUAUAUUUAACAUUGAGUUCUUCUUCUUGUACAAAAUUCUCUUUCUUCGGUGAUCUUAUCAUCACAUUUUUUGCUUUUUUAUUGUUUUAUCGUUGUCAGAAUCUGUAGCUUGUUUCUUACGAUGGGUUGAAGUAGUGGGGGAUUCAUUGUUUUGUAUAUUCCAUAUCUUAUAAUUCGCCAUGUGGAAGAUUAUCUUUCAGCUGGAAAAAAAGAUGGUCCACGUAAACUACCAUUUUUUGCUUUUCAUAAACACAACGCACAUAUUAUAUAUAUUUAAAAAUAACCUCUAUGACUAUUGAAUUCUUCUUCUUGUAUUAUCUAAUAAGAUAUUAAGUAUUGUUAACGUCAUCUUUUGGCUCAUUCUACUUUAGAGUCAUCUGUGAUUUAUUAUUGUGCUUUGAGCCAACACUAUCAACAGUAUGUCGGCUCCAAAAACAAAUUCAUAAUUUUACUUUUCUUGAGUAGUUAUGAAAUCAUUGUUGCAUCUUUUGUGAAAACAAAUAUCGUAAAUUUUACAGGUCUAGUGUUUAUAUUGAAUUGUAGUGGUGUAAAUCUGUUUUAUUUUAGCAAACAGUGCCCAAUAGCUGGUUUUUUAUCAGCUAAUCGGACAUUAGUGAAAUAUAUGUCAUUUGUAAUAUUUCUUCUAGCUCUAUGAUGUUAUUGAAAAAAUUCUGAAACAACACGGUUGGUUUUCUUCUUAUUUCGUACCAGAGACUUUUCUAGUAUAAACUUUCAUUAUACAAAUAUGCCGUUUUCAUAUCUGCAACUUUCCAAAUUUUCAUACCUUAUCAACAACCUUGAUAUUAACAAACCCAACAAAUAUUCUAGAAGAUUGAUACCUAUAUAUUUUUGGAUAUUUUCAAAAAUAGUUUAAUCAAAAUACUCUUCAUAUAUGUCAUCAGUUCUUUAAGUUUAUAGAAUGUAGAAACAAUAUUGUGGUACAUUUCGUAUAGGUUUAAUGCACUAUAAAAAUUUUCUAAUUCUGAAAUUUGAUUUGUAAAAUAUUAAAUUCAAAAUUGUAACUCAACUUUCAACUUGACUAAUUAUUUAAGUACCAAAAACCGCCAUUCUUGUCUCUAACAAGGUUUUUAACAUUCAAUCUUACUUUACUUUUUGAAAUAACUGUAUACAUAUCAUCUAAAGAUGAAAUAAAUUCUGUUUUAAUCUAAA